AUGAAACUCUACCUGAAAAAAAGGAGCGGAAAAUUCCUCGACGCCUGCGACUUGCCGGAUGAGAGCACAGUGGAGGAUUUUAAGCAGUACUUUUAUCGGAAAUUCCACUACUAUCCCGAGAGGCAGUGGUGGACUGUGGGGGUGCCUCAAGGCACUGCCCUUAGAGGGGAUGGAUUGUUAACAAAUUUCGGCGUACACGAUGGGGAAACUCUCUUCUUUAAAGACCUGGGUGUACAGAUAUCAUGGCGGCUUGUGUUUGUUCUUGAGUACCUUGGGCCUCUCCUCAUUUUUCCUGCUCUUUACUUCUUCCCCUCUAUCGUAUAUGGAGUAAAAAGUGUCCCGCCCAAGACCCUUACACAGACGAUUGCGCUGUGGUUGUGUGUGGGUCACUUCUUGAAGAGGGAGAUGGAGACGUUAUUUGUGCAUCGUUUUAGCAACAGCACGAUGCCAAUAGUGCGGGUGCCGUUAAACUGUGGUCAUUAUUGGCUAUUAUGCGGCUUAGGCAUUGGUUAUUUCCUCUUCCAUCCUCAGUAUACACCUCCCUUCGAGGGAGAAUGGCAGUUUAUGGUGUAUGUACUCACAGCGCUCUUCGUGAUCUUUGAAGCUCUUAACUUCAAGACACAUCUCAUCCUCCGCGGCCUCCGCUCUCGAGGCACGAGGCAGCGCGGCAUUCCUUAUGGCGCGGGCUUUGACUUGGUGAGCUGCGCGAAUUACUUCUGGGAGACGAUGGCAUGGCUUUCCUUCGCUCUGCUUGUUUCGUGCUUUACAGCAUGGCUCUUCCUUGUUGUUGCAUUCGGACAAAUGGCAGAGUGGGCUUUGAAGAAACACCGAAAUUACAUCAAAGAAUUCAAAGACUACCCCAAGAACCGCAAGGCAAUUGUGCCUUUCAUCUUGUAG